UCCCAACUCUUGUAGUUCUGAAAGAAGUGUUCUAUUUUCAAAUGAUGGGAUCCAUAUCCUACUUAGCCAGUCAGGAAAACAAGGAGUUACAGAGAUGGCAACUUUUCCUGCCCACCUUCUUUGACUGCAGAUCAGCUGGCUCCAGCUUCAAGCAGUAUAGCAAAGGUGAAAUAAGAGAAGCCCGGUGUGUGUGGUGGGGAGAGCAGCUAUUCUGAGCUAUUCUGAGUUAUGUUUAAGUAACAAGGUUCAUUUAGGGGGUUGCUGCUAGGUUUGUCAGAAGGCAUUUGUCACAGCAUCAUGCUGCAGGCUUUUCCCUCCAGCCGGAUUUCUGUGUACAGCAUUCCAGCUCCGGACGCUGAACGGGCUUCAGGGCAGGAAAGUCUACGCGUUUCCUACUGCCCGUCCUACCAAGAAGGUGUGUGCCAAAAGUAUAAUUUCUUCAAAAGGAUGAAGUUGUGUUUCUGGAGGAGAUGUCUUCUAGGAAUAUUACCUACAGUUUCUUUAACAGUUACAGCAAUCCUGCUAGUCCUGCACUACUCACUCUCUCCAGCUUUUUCCUUUACAUAUAUCAGUGGAAGUGUAGAAAUUCCUAAUUUGACUUAUACAAAUGACCUCAAUGAUCCAACGUCACAGAAGUUCCUCCUGCAAGCAAAAGCAGUCCAAAAUUAUUUGGCAGAAACAUACGAAUCUUCCUUCUUGGGAAAGUACUACUUGAAGUCUGUAGUGGCUACUUUCAGUGAAGGAGAAUCUGGGCUUCGAGCUUAUUUCUGGAAUACAUUCUGGGCACCACAAGAUAUGGUUGCUUCUCUUAAAAAAUUAACCCCAGUGGAGCAAAAAGAAAUCUGUAGUAAACAAGCAGCUCCCUUGUUCAGUUCUGGGGAGGAGGAUUUUGAUCUUGAUACAAUGGAGCUUUUUGUUUCAGAUUCCAUAGAAUAUGAUGUGAUGCUAAAAUCAGCAGUAUCCUUCGACCUGUAUGCCAAGCCAGGUAACAACAGGACUCUAACUCUGAUGAAUCCCAAAAAGUCAUUUUAUCAAUGGAGACUGCGAGUUCCUUCUAACUAUGUGGUGAGACUGGUAGUUAUCACUCUGCGUGGUGUUACUCCAGAAAGCUGUGCAUCACACCACUUGUCAGCAUAUGAUUUCCUUCUUCCACUGCAGAACAAGAUCAUUACCAGAUGGUGUGGGCCUGGGGCCUGGACUCCUUCUGUUGUGCGUUUAACUUCAUCAAGUAAUGUAAUGUUGCUUACCUUCUCACUGGACCGAAGAGGAGAAAGAAACAUAUUAAAAGCUCACUUUCAAGCCAUUCCUAAAAUCAUAUGUGGUGGUCAUUAUACUUCCUGGAAUGGGACACUAAGUUCCCCUUAUUACCCAAGUUACUACCCACCAAACAUUGACUGCACCUGGAUCAUCAAGGCACCAUUGCCUGACUACAAACUCUCAAUAAAAAUCCUUGUAAUACAAAUUCAAGAGAAGUCUCCAGGGUCCAAUAAAUGUGAUAAAGACUGGUUAGAAAUUGAUGGAGUUAGAUACUGUAAAGCUCUUUCAGAAAACAACAGAAACAGAGAAUAUGGAUAUUCUGUUGAAAUCAACUUCCACUCUGAUGAGCUGGUCACCCACAGAGGGUUUUAUAUUGAAUACAAAGCUUUCAGGCACACAGACCGUUGUAGUCCAGAACAAUUGAACUGUGGUGAUGGGAAGUGUAAACCUCAGUAUAAGUCUUGUAAAGAUGAUGACAGCUGCAGGCAGGACAGUGAUGAAAACAACUGCUCCUACAAAAGUUGCUCCCCUUAUGCAUACAAAUGCCUCAAUGGAAAAUGCUUGCUGAAACCAAAUCCUGAGUGUGAUGGGAAAAGAGACUGCACAGAUGGAUCUGAUGAAAUGAAUUGUGGUGUGGUAGCAUUUAUUUUAAAAUUUAAACGGGCAAGUACUCACCUUUUUACCAAUUGCACAGUAAGGCCUAAGGGUAAAAGUUUGUGUCAAGGAUGGCAAAGUGAAUUAACCAGUGGGCUUUUUACUAAUUUAUUAAAUAAUUUCUUGUUAGCUUGUGGAAGACGCCAGCUUAAGAAAACCAGAAUUGUUGGAGGUGAAGACGCGAGAUCUGAGAAGUGGCCUUGGCAAGCGAGUUUACAGAUGGGGGCACAUGGCCACGUGUGUGGUGCAUCUGUGAUUUCCAACAGGUGGCUUGUAUCUGCUGCCCAUUGCUUCCUGGAUUCUCAUUCUGUGAGAUACUCCGUUCCAAUGGGAUGGAGAGCAUAUAUGGGCUCACAUACUAUUAAUGAAAAGAGCAAUCGUGUAGCUGUGAGAUCAAUCAUAAGGAUUAUUGUCCACCCACAGUACGACCAAGCUAUCUCAGACUAUGACAUUGCCCUGUUGGAAAUGGAGACACCUGUACUCUUCAGUGAGCUGGUACAGCCCAUUUGUUUACCCAGCACCUCUAGAGUAUUUCUUUAUGGAACUGUCUGCUAUGUAACUGGCUGGGGAGCCAUAAAAGAAAAUAGUCAUCUUGCCAAAACUCUGCAGGAAGCUCGAGUGAGAAUGAUUAACCAAAGUGUUUGCAACAAGCUCUAUGAUGAUCUUAUUACUUCACGUAUGCUGUGUGCUGGGAAUCUUAAUGGUGGUGUUGAUGCAUGCCAGGGAGAUUCUGGAGGUCCCUUGGCCUGCACAGGGAAGGGCAAUAGGUGGUACCUUGCUGGCAUUGUGAGCUGGGGUGAAGGGUGUGCCCGGCGCAAUCGUCCUGGUGUGUACACCAGGGUGACAGCCCUUUAUGACUGGAUCCGUCGGAACACAAACUGAUGAGCCAAGGAGAAAAUGCAGAUCACCUCUGUGUGAAAGCUGCUUCCUACUGUAGUCAAUUUGGUGAUACAACAUGAAAAUGCCAUUGACUGUUCCUUUGUGAAAGAAUACACUUUUUUAAUGAAGAAACUAUCAGUUGUGGUUCACCUAGCAAUAACUGUCCAGCCUCAGAGGAACUUCAGAUUCCUUAUGGAUUCAUCUUCCUUAUACCUAUUUGCAGAAACAGCACUGCAUUAAAAACAAAAUGAAAUGGAUUAAAACCUGUAACAAAAGUCCAGCCAUAGCUCAUUUGUAACCCUUCUCCUCUCCCUCCUCGUCCCUUGUUAUCUAUAUUUGUUUUCACAUAUGCAUAUCUGGCUAAAAAUGGCCACAUGCCAUAUAUAUAUUCCUAUAUAUAUUCCAUUCUUUAGGGAUGUUACAGGAUUCUAAACAUAAAUAAUUAUUUAUGUUCUCAAAAAUAUAAAUAAUGUAUCGUGUACAAAGCUGAGAUUAAUUUGUUCUAGUUAUGUGCAACUGCAGGACUUUUACAUUCUGGGCUGUAACUUUUGGGGUCUCUUCUGUGUUUUCUUAAAAAUACCAGAUAUAUAGUUCAAAAAUGUUAGGAUGCAAGAAAUUUUCAUUAAAGAACUGGAAAAGCAUAAUUUAGGUUCUUUGGGAUGAUGUCUAAAUAAAAGGAAGGAAUUAAUGAGUUGUGAUUCAUUAAAAAAAAGGAAACUAUAAUGCUUUCUUAAAUUCUCUUUAGAAUAUGAACUAACUUUAGAGUUUAAUGUUUGCAAUAUAUUACAGAUGUAUUUUGCCAGCUCUGGCUCUGGCAUGUAUUGUGAAUUUUUAGCAUGUUCCUGGUAGAUUAGGAUUGUUUUUCCUGCUGUCCUUGGUCCACAGUAAGCAGAGUUUCAGGCCCAGGAAUUAUUUUUUUUGUGUGUAUCUUUCUGGGCUGUGCUCAUAAGGCCACGCUAAAUUGAAAUGGACAUAGAAUGAAAAUGGAAUUAUGUGGUUGGAUGCAUCCUUCAGCUCAAAGAAAGUAAAAGAAGAAAUGACAGCCACAUUCCUUUAACCCUGGUAGUAAAUCUAGGUUUUAUAAUUUUAAUCUCUCGAUGAGCUUAUCACUCCAAAUCUAGCCAAUUUAAGGUUUCCAAAGCUGUUGAUGGGACUUCAGAAUAUCAAUACUUAGCUUAAUAAAAGAAUUGUUUAGAUGGCCUUAAGACCAUUUAGAUGAUCUUUAAGUUAUGCUUAAUAUUUGGAAGUGUUUAGCUUUCACCUUUAAUAUAUAUAUUUUAAAAAUGAAGCUGGCAGUUUGAACACCUUUUAUUACUGUCCACACAGCACUUACUGUGCAGUACAUAAGUGAGAUCUUUAUUUCAUGUUAGAGCCACCUUGGCAGCAUGUGGGGGAAAUGCUGGAAAGAACCAACACUGUAAUCUGUAUGCAGUGAGAUUCCUCCUUCUAACCCUGACAUUGCUUUUCCUUCCUUUUUCCUUUAUCCUGUCAGGCAUCUUGCCCUGGCUUGUGUCAAACUUACAGCAUAAGCUAUGUUCAAAGCCUGUAUGUUAGGAGUUUUGUUUCUCUAGUGGCUACUCAAUUAUUCACACCUUCCUUUUUAAUAAACACAUGCUAAAACUGCAA